AGUCGGCAUUGUACAAUCAGCAGAGUAAGUGGAAUAAGGAAAGAGCGAGACUGCAAUUUUCAGCAAGCCGUUCCUUGACCAUCAUUAUUCAGUCGUCGAGUCGUCGAUUGCUAAAUUAUAUAAUUGCUUAGAAAACCACAUUGAAAUUAUUAAUCUCUAUGUUUUUAAGUGCUUGUGGUCGUCCAGUGUCAAAUCUAAGUCAUUCCAUAUAUUUUUUUAGUAAUGUGCAAAGUGGAACAUUUUAGUAGUUUAUUGGUGUAAUAUGAAACAAUGUUGAGGGUUGGUCGCAUAUUACCUCGUAUUUUCCAAAAUGAGUCUUCAGUCAAAUAGCAGUGUUGUACUUUGUACUUGGGUAAUUGUGAGAUUCUGUACUUUGACUUGUGAAAAAGUGAUGUGCAGUUAAAGUGUGAACAUACAAGUGCAACUACAGCGAAAAGUUUUUGCUCAUUCGAUUCGUCUCACCACCUACAAACUUGUCAAGAGUUUAGCUCUCAUAUCUCCAGAGGUGACCAUUGCUCAAAAGUUUUUUUUUUUUGAGACGUUGUUACAGACUGACAGCGUCAUGCUCAAAAUGUCGUCACAAUAUUAAUAUGGCUGUCUUAUGAACAUGAUAAAACCAAUUGAAUCUGCAGUGUGUAUCUCCAGUCGCCCAAGAGCAUGGACUUGUAAAAGUGUGUGGUUUAAAGGAAUGAGAUUCUAAACGUGCUACAAUAAUGAAACCCUUGGAUAUUAAGCAGUAUGCUGGAGAAAGCAGAAAAUCCGUUGUCUGUUCCUGGACACGUGUGUGCCGAAGUUGUCCUUACAUUCUGGUUGUAAUUAGCCUGAUAAUUUUGUGCCUAACUGCUUUUUUUAAGUAUGCGGCAUUGGACUGGAUUAUUGACCAGCAGGUUGAACAGAAACUACGACUUAUCCCUGGAACGGACACAUUCGAGAAAUGGAAAGACGUUCCUGUCCCCAUAAUAAUCAAAUUCCGUAUCUUUAAUGUUACGAAUCCUGUUCAAGUACAAAAUGGGGGAAUUCCAUCCUUGGUAGAAGCUGGACCAUAUGCUUAUGAGGAAAAGCGAGUCAAAGAAAUCAUUGCAAUGGACGAUGAAAGAGACACGAUAAUCUACAAGCAGAGAAUAUUCUACACAUUUCGACCUGAUUUAUCAAAAGGGUCCGAAUUUGACAGAUUGGUGGUCAUCAACGUCCCCUUCGUGACAUUGUCAAAAAUGACAUAUGAUAAUGUGGGCAACUUUUCCUUCGCUCACGCCUUAGCAGAUCGAAAUAUGCGACAAAGAGGAGAGCGACUCUUCACAUACGCCAGUGUAAAGGAAUAUCUUUUUGACGGGUAUUCCGUGCAGCACUAUCUCAAUUUCCUGAAAAGUCCUGCGCUCGCAUUGAUCGGAGGGGUAAAAAUUCCUUCCAGUAUCAGCACUGGAAGGUUUGGCUUUUAUUUGGGGAAAAAUGGUUCGGAUGAUGGGGAAUUCGUUAUUCGAACAGGAAGAACGAAUCCACAAGAAUUUGGUCAGAUUGUUAGCUGGAAUGGAAAAACAAAGCUUGAUUAUUAUGAUGGCCUAUGCAACCUAAUUAAUGGAACUGACGGAUCAUUGGUUCCACCAUUUGUCACCAAAGAAAGCAAAAUUAGAUUUUUCUCAACAGACAUAUGCAGAUCAAUUUAUAUGGUGUACCGAGAAGAAAGUGAAGUCAUGGGUGUAAAAACAUACCGCUUUCGCCCCCCAAAUGCCAAGCAGAUAUUCAGUCACCAGGAUUUUUGUUUUUGCCCCCAAGGAAAAAAUAAUGAAUGUUAUCAGUACGGUGUGCUGAGUAUGGCCCCCUGUCGUGAUGGUGCCCCGGUUUCGAUGUCGGCCGUGCAUUUCCUUGACUCAUUCGAACAAUAUUUAGGUGGUGUACAGGGUCUACAGCCAGAUAAAGAAAUCCAUGAGACUUUCCUUGAUAUUGAACCGAAAACUGGACUAAUUCUAAACGCUGCAAAGCGUGUCCAAUUUAAUGUGAUGCUAAAUCCUAACAGAGAUAUGACCACAUUUGCCCAGGUCCGGAAAGUUUUGAUACCAUUUAUGUGGGUGGAAGAGACUGCGGAGCCAACCGAGGCAUUCAUUCGUGAAUUGCAACAGCAGCUCUUUAGACCCAUGGAGAUCGCCAACACCGUCGCCUUGGGGGGAUUAAUUUCCUGCACGAUUCUGAUCAUGGCAGGCCUGCUGGCAAUAUUUUCCGUCCGAGCAAUGUUUUCCAGAAAUCGGCACUCCGCAAAUUCUGUGACCUCGGAUAAUUCCAACUCAUUUCAUGCCGAAAGUAACAGUCGGGAAUCCUCUCGAAGCCGUUCUGGUUCUAUUAAUUCAUUUAGUCGUGUCAGCUCAGCCACGUCGUUUCAUACGAAUAAAAGCAUGGGGAGCAUUGUCAGCGUCAUGAGCAGAGGAACAAUGACGACCACAAGUGAAAGCAAAGGGAUCCUCAGUGAGGACAUCCUUAUCACGGAGAAUGGAACAAAUAGAAAAUUACCAUCGUCCAAUGAAAAUACAACUUGCGAGCUGGGUAUGAACAAUGUGACAAGUGCAAAAGGAGUCUUAAAGUUCGUGACACCACAAAAAUCUGACCAGAAUGAUCAGAAUGCUAACAAAUAAAACAAUUUUUUUGAUAUUGAUAGUGCCAAAUUAUCAAAUAUAUUUAACAUGUAUGUACUUGAACGUAAUACUACGAAUGUAGAUUUACAGAAGCCAUACAUAAAUAUAUUCAGUAUUCACUUUGUGGUUAUUAUUAUUUUUAUUGUUAUAUUAAUUUACUCAUGGAUAGCUUAUUUAAUUAUUUAUAUAAAUACAAGCCACAUGUACCUAAUAAUUUUGUGCUCAUUCAUCAUGGACUUGUUUGAAAUAUAAAUAAACUAUAACGAAAACAUGUAUUUCAAAAA